AUGUUUGGUUCCUACGGUUCCUACAGCUCCAUGUGCGCGAGGGCUGUGACCCCCGCCACUGCCAUCGACAUUGGCACUACGCGGUCCAGCUCUACGUGUGCCUUUCCCUCCUGGCCCCGCCGCUCCUCGCUCUCGUCCGACGACUACAGCAGUGCCUCGUCCUACCUCUCGGACGAAGACCUCUUCCUCAGCGACAGCUUCGACGACGACAUCAGCAGCAGCACCGCUUCCAGCCGCAGCAACAGCAACGCCAGCAGCAUCUCGCCGCCGCACAACCUCCACCGUGGUCACUACCAGCCACAGCCGCCCCAGGACCACUUCAACCACCACUUCCAGCAGAACUUCCAGCAGCCCCAGGAGCGUGUCGUGUCCGAGGAGGAGCUGCUGCAGCUCCAGCGCGAGCGCCAGGCUUACCAGCGUGACAUCACCCGCGCCCUGGUCGCUGAGAAGGAGCGCCGCAAGCAGGCUGCAGCAGUUGUCCGUCGCCAGCAGCGCCGGGCUGCAGCUGCUGCCGGCGGCCAGUCUUCCUCGUCUGCCUCUCGCAAGAAGUCGGGCAAGCUCGCUGCCAUCGCCGAGACCGGCGUCGAGGAAUCCUAG